CUCCGGCUGCGCGCCCUGGUCCCGGAAAGGAAGUUGCCUGAGCCUGGUCUCGCGCUUGGCGCCUCAGUGCCCUGAGCCAGGGAGGCGGUGAGAGCUGAGCCAUGGGGGACCAGUGCGCCGCAGCGAGGAGAGCCAGAGGGGCGAGAAAGGCGCCGAGUCAGAGCAGCGCUCCGGAGCCCCCGCGGAGCCAUAGCGCCAAGCCCCCUGCCCGGGGCGGCGGGAGAGCUGGGGCAGGGAGAGGGGACGCUCGGCCUCCCGGUGAGCAUGCCAAAGCCGUUAACCCCCGAGCCGCCCCUUCUCCCACUGACCCGCAGGGCGCCACAUCUGCCAGAUCCCGCCCAGAGACGGGACCUGCUCCCAGCGAGCUGGGCUCUGUCCGUAGCGGGAAGGGAGCGAGUAAUGCUGGCCCCAGUAGGAAGGCGGACCCCGCUAGGCAGGACUCUGCCCGCAGGGAGACGGGAGCUGUCCCGAAAACAAAAGAGCCUCCCUCCACCGGGCCGCCCGCUGUAGCGUCCUACUGCUGCACGGGGGCGGACAGCAGCGGCGCUGUCAGGUCAGCUGGAGUGGGAGCCCCGCGGCUCAGGGAUGUGCUGAAGACACUGAGCCUGGGCCGGCAGGACACGUCGGAGGCCGCGGAGCGUGUGAACCAGCUCAUCCGCACGUUGGUGUCAGCGAUCAGAGCCCGGGAGAGCACUUUCAGCUCAAUUGAUAUCCUGGGCACCGGUAGCUACUACGAGCAUGUCAAGAUUUCUGCACCAAAUGAGUUCGAUGUCAUGUUUACGAUGCCAGCUCCUAGAGUUAAACUGGAACAAUGUGAUGACUCUGGUGCCUUUUAUUAUGUGAGACUUAAAAGAAAUCCUCAAGGAAACGAGCUGGACAAAUUUUUACACGAAGAUGGAACAUUAGCGGCCUGUAAGAUGCUUUUUGCCCUGAGGAACAUUAUUAAAGAAAUUGUAAAGAGCAUGACAAGAACAGAAAUGAAAGUCACUGUGGAUAAAAAAAAGGCUGGAAGCCCUGCAAUAACACUUCGCAUUGGGAAUCCUCCAAUGGAGAUAUCAGUGGAUAUAAUCUUGGCUUUGGAAGUUCGAAGUCAGAGCUGGCCUGCCAGUACACAGGAGGGCCUAAAAAUUGAAGAAUGGCUAGGAAGCAAAGUCAAACAAGAAUAUAAAUGGAAGCCAAUAUACCUAGUACCCAAACAUGCCAAGGAUGGAAGAGCGCUAAAAGAAGACACCUGGCGACUCUCUUUCUCACACAUUGAAAAGGAUAUGAUAAAGAACCAUGGCAAGACAAAAACAUGUUGUGAAUCUAAGGGAGUUAAGUGUUGUAGGAAAAGCUGUCUGAAACUUCUGAAGCAUCUUCUGGAUCAGCUUAAAACAAAAGAUGGAAACAGACGGGGGCUGGACAAAUUCUGUUCCUACCAUGCCAAAACUGCCUUUUUCCAAGCAUGUGUCCUUUGGCCAGAUGAUAAACAAUGGCUGUUAACAGACCUUGAGAGCUGUUUUCAAAAAUUUUUGAAUUUCUUUCUGAAUUGCCUCAACAAUGCAAAGCUUCCACACUUUUUUAUUCCUACACAUAACCUUUUUAGUAGACAAUUAAUUGAUAAGGCAAGCAGUGAUUUCCUUUCAAAGGAAAUUAAAUAUGAAAUAAACAAUAGAUUUCCAAUAUUUGAACUGCAGAAUUAAGGAAAUAUUCUAUGAUGUUUUUCAAAAUUUUCAUUUACAUUUUAUAAAUCAGCAUAUCUAAUACAGAAUCAACAUUUGAAAUUAUAUUCCUUGAGAAUUUCUGGUGCUAUGAAAAGUGGUAGUAAAGUAAUUGUGGUCAAUAAAUGAGACUUGCACAUUUAAAUUAAAUUAUGCUACAUAGUGGUAGAGGAGAAGGAACAACAGGACAAGUUUUUCACAAUUUUAAGUCUGACUGACGCCAGGCUACUUUCAACGGGGUGGGGUGGGGAAGGAGAAUUAGCUAUAAUCCAUACUUUCCUGCUCUCACUUCUAUACACUUAUCUACACAGUGCAGCACUGCAUACUAUGGGAGUGUAAUUUCUCAAGUGCAGUUCCAUGUUACGCAUUAGCUAGUCUGCAUAGUCCCUGCUGUCAUAUACUAAAAGCCUCCUCAUGCACAAUAACAUAAUACAGUUCUACACUAAAGUGCUUGGGAACUUUCAGUGUGCACCAACAGGGUCUACAUGGAUCAAUAGUGCGCAAACAGUGCACUUUACAAAUUACGGCCCUUGUAGUGCACAGUGCCACACACUAUAGACAAGCGCUAUGCUUCGAAGGCAGCAGCAGUGAUUCAGUAGUAAAAACAAAACACAGAUUUGAUGCUAAACAAUGAUAGGCAAACAAAUUUACGGACAAAUGGCCAUAUUAUACUCCUAGUUAUACUGGUGCAGUUCUGAAGUCAAUGGAGUUGCACCAGUAUAAACACUGCUGAGUAUCCUCCAUAUGUAUUUACAGACAACAAUCAUAACUCACCUCUAUAUUUAUCCCGAAGAGGCAACACUGCAAAAUAGCUUGCAAAAAAACAAAAUCAGUUCUGAUUUUUUCAUCCGUUACUUUGCUCAUGUUGAGGAAUUUCGUUGGAUACUUGAGUAUUGAAUAUUCCAAAACAGAAAUGUGCUUAAGGAUAAUUAUACUCUUUACUGAUCCUGCUUUUAAGUGAUAACGACUAUAGUUGCACUUUAAUUUUUGGAUGUCAGAGUACAAGCAGCGGCAACAACAGACUUUAUUAUAUCUGCUCAGACAGAACUUAACUUGAUUCUUCUUUCUUGACGAGAGACUAUGAAACAAGAGCACAUAGGAAAGGUACAGCCAGUGGAAAAGCUAUUAUAGUUUCAAGUUUUUUAUUUAGCAAAUGCAAAAAUCUUACAGCAUUUGAAAACUUCAGUGCUGUACAAAACUAGAUUCCUUUAUUCUCUUAAAAAAGGUCCAAAACAUCAGAAUAAAUAGGAAAGGUGAAAUAUUAGCCCUACUGAAGUCAACAGGAGAUUUGUAUAUAUGUAUAUAAGCUUAAUGUAAAAUAAAAUAAGAGGCCCAGAAGAAUCAAAAUAGAAAACAUAUAAUCUUAUUAGAAAAAAAAGAUUGGGGCCUCACAAAAUGUGUGUACUCUCUUAUCAUUUGGUUGGGUUUCCAUCCACUCAGUGUGACAGACGAUGAAAUAUUUGUUCAGAGAUUUAUCCAGCUAUUACUGUAAGAAUAUGCUUCAUUUUCCAACAAUGAAUCUUUAUCCUUAUCUGUCCCAAACCAGAGAUGUAACAUUUUCCUGGCACUCCACUGACAUAAAUGGUGGUAACAUCAGGCACGUAAGAGAGUAUGCACCACUCUGAUUCCCUGAAAAUAUAAGGGAGACAUUUAUUUUUAAAUUCUUGUAUAUUAAAAAAUUCUGCAGUUUGUCAAAUUAAACACAGAUUCUUAAUUUUCUUCGGCAUUUUUACAGUUUUUAAAAAUGAUGUAAUUGCAAUUACUAACCUUGACACACACUUUUUCUGCCUUAAGUGUGAAUUAAAUAAUUGAGUGACAACUAAACAUAGCAACACAUUGUUAAAUGUAAGGAGAACCAGAUUUUCAAAAAAAUUCACACACCUAAUUGGUGUAUCCAAGACAAGCAUGCACAAAAGUACACACACUUGAAAAAUCUGGCCCUAAAUUCAAAUCUAUAUCACUAUUACUACAAGAAUUUACUCACUUUGUUUAAAUAUCUCCCAGGCAAUUAAAAACCUUUCUGGGACUUUCCA